AUGAGAACGGUUUCGGUUUUGGCUGCCGCUUUGGUGGCGGUUUCAUCGGUGGUGGCUAGUCAGGAUGCAGGGAAGCCGAGGAUCUACUUCCCGCGCCAUGUCAAACGGCAAUUCAGCAAUGCGACAAUAACACAGAACCCCGUGGGAUCGAGCACGACAGUCUUGGAGACGACCCAACGACAGUCCAACUCAGAAGCCGAGUCGUCAACCGAUUCAGAUGUCACUACAAUCAUUAUCACUAGCACCAUCGUUGAAACCUCACCAGGUUCGACGCCGACAACGAUCUCGACCGCUGCUGAAAGCACGUCUCCGCCCAGUGGCACCUCGCUUCCUAGCAGCACGAGCCCGUCUAGUGAGAACUCGUCUGCGUCUAGCAAGGAUGGUAGUGUUUCCAGCGAGGUUCCGUCCAGUCAGAACUCGACUUCUACUAGUCAAGGUGUUGGUCUUUCUAGUGAGAGCUCGUCCAGCGAGAGCGCAACCUCGUCCAGCCGGAGGCCAGUUGUGGAGCUCCCGUUCAGUUCGCGGUCUAGUAGCAGUCCUCCCACCGGCACCACCGAGCCUCCACAGUCGACCGAAGAGCCCGGCACCUCGGCAAUCCCAACUUCGGAUCCUCAGCUGAGUCCCAACAGCACCAGCACCAGCACCAGCAUAACAGCAUUACCGGAAACAUCCGGCACUUCGAGGAUAUUACCGACCUUCGUUGGACCGGAAAGCUCAUCAGAAGCGCAAGAGGAUGGCUCUUCACUCUCGACUAGCACAUCAGGAAUUCUCAUCGCGCCGACUGGAAUUGUCACAACCACCUCGACAGCCCCAAUUGAGACGAGUGCAACCGAGACUAGUGAGGUUGGGACGACCGCAAUUGAGACUAGUGCAAUCGAGACGAGCGCAGUCCAGACAAGCGCAGUCGGUACAAGCGCAGCCGACACGAGCACUACGGAGGCCGAAAAUCCCAUCAGCUCCAUCGCGAGCGAUGUGACCUCGGCGAUCCCGAGCACCGUUGAUCCUUCGCAGAACAACACCUUGAUUACUAGCACACCGACGAGCACCACAGAAGUUGGAAACCCGAUCAGCUCCAUCGUCAGCGACUUGACGUCGGUCAUCUCCGACAUCCUUGAUCCGACGCCGAACAGCACCUUGGUCACCGUUGACCCGACGACCACCGGAUCUGGAACUGGCGUGACUACGAGUGUUGAGUUGCCUACAACGGUGACCGACACGCCAACCACUAUCGUCGAGCCGCCUACCUCGACUACCGAUGCGCCGACGACUGUCACGGAUCCGCCUACAUCGGGCACCGACACGCCGACGUCGGACACGUCAACGACUUCUGUCGAGACGCCUACAACGGUGACCGACGCGCCCACGACUGACGUUACACCGCCUCCCGUUAUCUCUUCUACAACAACAGAUAUACCGCCGCCAGUCUCGAACACGACCACCUCGGCAACUGAGACGGUCGAUACCACUUCCCUGCCACCUGUCACCUCGAGCGGCACCACCACUGGCAAUGCUACGGUAACGCCCACCACUUCCACGGAUCCGCCCAUUAUCACCACAUCUACUAUCUCGCCCAACACGUCAAUUCCCACUCAAAAUUCCACUUUUCCGCCCGAGACGCCAACAACAACGAUCUUGCCGCCGACGACCACGGAUCUGAGCUCUACGGCCACCAGCACGACCAGUUCUUCUGCCAGCACAAGUGAAGCUGGUGUUACGAGCAUUCCGCCAGUAACCACUGUCGUCAAUACGAAGCCCUGGCUGCCCUCAACGAUCGUGGUAGACCCAACCUCAACCACGGCCGAGGGAUUGGCGCCUACGACCGCUAGUGGUAUUCCCACAGCUUAUCCCAAGGCCAUCACGCCGAACAACGGAGACGAUACCCAGCCUGAGGAUACGACAUUAAUCCAGAUCGGCUUCCGCGAGGGAUACAACUACCCAUUCGUGGUGAGCAACGACAUGGCUGCAGCCCAGAUCUUUAACCUGCUGCCUCAAGCCCUGGCUUAUGGGGGAGGGUUCGAUAUCAGCAAGGCCCAAGUCAAGAGGCUGGUUCCACUGGAUACGCAGAGCUCGCUUGGCUACAUCACGACUUGCGCCGAAGUGACGUACCCUAAUAGCCUGGUGGAGGCUCUGGCAAUCGAUAUCACGUUGCCCAAUUCUGCCCUGUACAAUAACCCGAGUCCGCUCAUCUACAAUCACACCCAGCAGAUCAACCCGGCGAUUCCUAUUACGCGCGGCGCAUACCCCGCGGGGAUGGUCGACGCCGGCUCUGGCAAUUCCGGCUCUGGUUCGACCACCGGGACCCCCAACAGCAACCCCUUUGACACGGGAAAUAAUAGCGGCGACUCACAGUCGGGCGCGCAGAGGGGAACUACAGCUGGUAUCGUUGGUGGCUCGAUUGCGGUGGCUGCAGCGUACGGCGUGGUCAUGUUUGUAGUCGCACGACGGUACAAGCGCAAGAGACUAGCGCAUCGCCGGGCGAGCUCCAUCACAAACCCGGCCGAGAUGCGUGGGGGCAGUCCAGCACUCAUGGGCGGCGCACUGCUGAGCCGCGACUUUACCAGCUACGGCGCGAUGCCGGCGGGCGGGCGAGACAGCCACGGCAGCGGGAGGAGCGGGAUGGGAGCUUCAGGGCGGACGCAGUACAUCUCUGCACCUGUCGCGGCAGAGAACUCGCUCGGGUGGAAUUAA